UUUUAUCAUUGAAGUUAAUGGAGAAAUUUUUCACUUUUCACCCUAGGGAAAAAGUUUCAUGAUUGAUACCCUGAAUUUUUUCUUGACCCGCGGUAACUUGACCCUGGUCGGAAACAAUUAGAAUGAUCAAGAUGGCUGCUGCCAUGCAUAUACCGCGCGACACGCACAUGGUAGAGAUGGAGAUGAUUUCGGAUAACUCUGGACAGCCAAAGAUGGGUAGAACGUAUUCCAAUAUAUUGGAUAAUUUUAACAAGCUGAAGGACAGCAAUCCAUCUGUGAGAUUAAAUGGCGGAGUUGCGCUAUUGAAUUAUAUACAUCAACAUAAUAUGGAUCAGAAUGACAAAGAGUUGGAUCUUGCCUUGGUCAAGAUGAUUGCAAGAUUGGGAUCUUCGAUGACAUCUACCAGAACAGGUUUCUAUAGUACCUUGACAGUUUUUCUAAUGAUGCAUCCUGAUACUUCAGUGGAAAAACUUUUAUCUAUGAUGAACACCCAGUUGCGUCCAGCUGGCAGUAAUCUUAAAAGCGAGAAUGCUGAUAUAUAUAUGGGACGUAUAUUGCUCUGUGGUGCCUUGAUUAGGUCCAAGUUACUUGCCCAGAACAGCAUUGAGAUGCAACAGCAGAUUAUAGAGAUUUUGUUAAAUGCUGGCAAACAACGCAGCUAUUUAUCAUUUAUCUCCACUAUGUUUCUCAGCGAGUUUAUUAUUCAGCUUGAUACUGUAUCUAUCAAAAAUGUUUGGCCAAUUGUUGAGAAAGAAAUUGGCAAGCCAUGGUCCGAACAAACUUUGGAUACAUUCUAUAUGCUGCUGAUUCUUAGGGACAAACAUCCUUCGUUAGUUGACCAUAAAUUUUUGAAGCAACACUUAGGCAUGACUGAGAUAAUUACCAAGGAGUCUGUAGAAGAUAUUGUUAAACUAUUAACGGCUUUACUUCGAAUUGUCUCUUAUCAACAUCCAGUGUUUAAGCUAUUUUGUGAAAAACUGGUAGCGACUGAAUUCGUGGCAGACUUUUGGAAAGGCAUUGAUCAGAAAUUUAUAAAACCGUCAAAGAGUGAUGAAUAUAUUGCUGUAGAAAUGUUACGACUAAUACUUCUUAAUGUUACGGAUAAAACCGUAAUUCCUUCAUUAUUGUCUCCAAAUCUUCUGCAACAUAUGUUAAAAAGAUUUUCGAACUGUAAGAAGAAUAGAAAUGAUGAAGUUUUGAUAGCAUUCAGGAAAGUUUUACAUUUGAUAGUGUCUGCUACAAACAACGAAGAUAUCAAGACAAAAACACAGCUGUGUAUAUUGAAGAAGUUCAUAUUACGUCCUGGUGACUUAAUGAUAGAAAAGAUGACAGGUGUUAAGGUGAUUCAAAUAAUUAUGGGAAAUUUGAGGAUAGACGGUAUUAAGAAGUUGAGCCAAUUGUAUAGAGAAAUUAUAGAAAAUGAGAUGACUAAAGAAAGAGAAGGUACAAAGACAGAAUUUUGGACAAAUGCCGAGCGAAGUUACACAGCACAGCUCCUAACAAAAUUAAUGGGUCGUCCAGAGACGUUCUUGGAUCAAGACUGGAGACUUGAGCAACUGAUAUUUCUGUUUAAAUAUGGAUUAUUUGAAGUAUCAAAUGUUGGAAUAGAACUAGCACAACAAUUUAAAGAUUCUUUUUAUCGUGCUCUGGAUUAUAAAUUACCAAAAUUGGAUAAUGCACGAAAUCUGUUGAGUGCACUUGUUCACAAUUUAGAUUCGAAAUUGAAAUCCAAUAUGAUCAGAUCACCAUUAAACGACGCAGCAGCCGAUGCUUGGGAAAGAGGGAUAGACUUAAUUGAAAAACUAGAAAAAAAUACAAAACAUUCGGAAGCCUUACCGAUAUUUCAUACGAUGAAUUUGCACAUGGGUCUGCAAUUGUUCUCAGAUCCUGAAACAGCGAUUAUGUCGAUUAAUGAACUUCAAUGUUGUUACGAGAGAUUAAGUAAAAAAUCCAAGAAACAUAAAAAACUCAAUAACACAGUUAUGGAAGAGGAACCGGAAUGGGUUGAAGUAGUAGUGGAUCUUUUGUUAUCUCUUUUAUCCAAGACCGAUCAUUUAUUCCGCUCAUUAGUUGGCUGUGUAUUUCCACAUAUCUGUCCAUAUCUCACUCCAUCUGCAAUCCACCAGAUAUUGGCCGUAUUAGAUAUUAAAAAUACUCAAAAGACGCUCACUACAAAGCAAAAUGAUGAUGAUGAUUCUUCUGGUAUAGAAAGCGAAUCAGAUAAUGAGGAUGAAAAGGAGGGAAGUGUUUCAAAUGAUGAAGUUUUAUCGAAAAGUGAAUCCGAGUCUGACUUAAGUGAGAACGAGAACGAGGAUGAGGAUGAAACCGUGACCGAUAAAUUGAGGAUAGCGUUACAUCAAGCUUUGGGUGAUGCUGCAGUGAAAACCGAUGAUGAGGAUAUCGACAUAGAUGAAAUAGACGAGGAAGAGGGCAAACGAUUGGACAAAUCGUUAGCAGCAGCUUUUAAAGCUUUUCGAGAGAAUCAACAGGCUCGUUCUAAAAAGCAAGGAAAGUCGAGUCAGGCAUUGAUGCACUUCAGAGCUCGCGUUAUAGAUCUAUUACAGAUUUAUCUAGAAACUAGUCCGUCUAUGGCAGUCACUCUAGAUAUGAUCGUGCCACUGUUUGCUCUGCUGGAAUUUUGUAUAAAGGACCCACAUCAAGAACCACUCGCACAUAGAAUUCGGACUUGCUUAAAAAAGUUAUCAACGGUGAAAAAGUUUAAAGAUACAACGAAUGUUGACGAGACUUUAUUAACGACAGUGUUAAAGGCUUUGAUCGAAAAAGGAGAGCGUUCUGCUUCAGUUUGUCAAGAACUCAAUGAUAAAUUGGCAGAAUGCUGUACCUUCCUUGUAAGAUGCGCGCAGCAAGCCAACUUGUCUACCGAAAGUAUUGUAGAAAUUUAUGGUGAAAAUUUAACUGCGUUCUUUAAGAAGAGAGACUGCGUGCUUUCGCCUAUAUUGUUUAAGGGUGUAUUACAGUUGUGUUGGGAAGAUAAUUGGCUGUUGGCGCUUCUGUUGGUGGACUUUGCUUUUGACAGCAGUAUUCGAUACUUUCGUAAAAAUCAAGCGCUUGAAUUGUUACUAGUUUUCUACAAUAAUAACCGAUUACUGAACAUGAAUACGAAGUAUGCCGACGUGAAAAUGAAAUUAGAAACGACGCUUUUUAAAAAUACCAUAAAUAUAUUCAAAGAAACAUGUAAUCUACAUGUGAGUGAUGGGCAGUCUACUUUGUGUAAUAAUGUUAGUGCGCAGAAAAAAGUUUUACAGAAGUUUAUUGGACAUCUUUUGAUGUUAUUGCGCGUUGUUCGCACACGAUGUUUGUCAAAGGCAUGGGAUUGGCAAAUUGUUAAAACGGAAUUAAUAAAUUACAGAAGCCAAUACACUCUUUUCGGAGAUGCAAAAAUUGCCUACAACAAGCUGGCAGCAGAGAUCGGAGCACCUCUCAAUUUGCCAUCAAAGAAGGAUGCUAAGUUAAAUAGUUCCAAUGAUGUUUCACAAAGUAAUGGCAAACAAAGCAUUAUCGGAUCUCAAAACGGAAAAACAAGUGACUCAGAAGAAGAAAAAGAAGAGGAGGAAGUACAAGAAGAGGUUGCACAUAGUAAUAAUGAACAGAAAAAGAGAAGAAAGAAUAAGAGUAAACAAAGGGAGAAACAAUUACUGAAGAAAGAAGCGCGUGAAUUACGCGCAAAAGUUAUGUCUCAAGAUGUAGAACCAUUUAAAUUUAGCAGUGUCAGUUUACCAGAAAAUGAAGAUGCUGCAGACUUGAUUCAAAAUGGAAAUUUACAUGACAAGUCUGCGAACUCGAAAGCAUCACAGAAAAGAAAUCAGACGAUGGAGGACCAUCGGGAAUCUAAAAGAAGAAAACAUGUUAAUCCUGCUUGAUACAAUUUAUAAACUUACAGAAUAAAAGAUGAUGAAAUAUAGCGCGAAAAUUAAUUAAAAUGUUUAGAGUA